AUGGGUACAUCACAAAUAGGUGAUACCAAUAGAACUGCAACCGCUAUUCAAUCAACACAAAAAUCACUGUUAAAGUAUUCACGACAGCAAUCACAACAACAACAACAACAACAACAACAACAACAACAACAACAACAACAACAACAACGAAAUUUGUCAGCAAAUCAUUUAGCGCAAGAAGAUGGAAAAAAUGAGAAAGCUAUCAGUAUCACAGAGCUAAAAAAAAAUCAUCGGGUCAAUAAAUGGCUAAUUUUGGGGCUUAUUGGUAAAGGAGCAUUUGGAUGUGUUUACAAAGUUGGAUAUCACGGUGAAAGGUAUGCGCUUAAAUUCGAUCUCGGAUAUUGUAGUGAUAAACAGCUAUUAGUUGAAAAGCACGUACUGGAAUUAGCAAAACAAGCGGAAAGUAAGCAUAUUUGCCGACUUAUUGAUUAUGGGAAAUAUUUUGGCUCUGAAUACAUUGUAAUGACGCUUGUCGGCAAAUCAUUACGAGAUAUUCUGUUGGAGCGGAAAAGGAAAAAACUCUCUGCCGGAUGUGUUAUUUCAGUUGGCUUGCAAUGUGUUGAAGCAAUCGAAGAACUUCAUCGAGUUGGAUUCAUUCAUCGCGACAUAAAACCAUCAAAUUUUGCUACCGGACGAAAUGAUCUUUUAUAUGGCGCACGGAAAAUUUUUCUCAUCGAUUUUGGUUUGAGCUAUCAUUACGUCGAUUCCAAUGAUCGAUUAAAGCACGAGAAACGUGGUAUCACUUUCAAAGGAACAUUACGUUAUGCACCACUGGGAUGUCAUCAACGUCGUCCACCAGGUCGUCGUGAUGAUCUCGAAUCUUGGAUGUAUCAGCAGAUUGAAUUUACAAAAGGAUGUUUACCGUGGAAAAAUCUUGAUGAUGAGCAAGCUAUUAUGAGUAUUAAAGAAACAAUUCGAACAAAUGAUGGUAUGCAGAAGCUUCUAAAAUCUUGUCCAAAAAAAUAUAUGGAAAUUAUGAAAUAUAUAUUCAAAUUAAAAUAUUCAUCUAAGCCAGAUUAUGAUUUUAUCUACAAGUUACUUCGAAAAAUUUUAUUUGAAGCACAAUUAAAAGAAUAUCCGUACGAUUGGGAAUAUGAAUCGUUGAGAUGUCUUCGUAAAAAAUGA